AUGCGAAUCGCUUGUGCUUCCGUCGGAGGUGUUUCCCACCGCCAGAUUUCAAGACACCUGCAGGUCCCUCGCCGCUGGUGUGAGUUCGUUGGAGGUGAAUACGUUGAGUUCCAAUUAUCCCAAUGGAACAAGAAGAAAAAUUGUAAGAACUCUUCAAUGACACGGGUGCGGGGUCCUGUGCUGACAACGAGGUGGGAAGCGAGUUCGUCGAUGGACUGUCGCGUGAGGCCAGCGCCUUCCAAGAAACAGUUUUCUUUUAAGAUGAUGUCACCCUCCUACCCUCUUGCGCGCGCCGCUAAGACAUGCGAUGUCUUGAUUUUUUACUGCGCGGGCUCCCCAGAAGUCCCGACCCUUUCCCCGGGGCUGGCAUUCCAGCUUGUGUAG